GAGGAGUGUGCACAUAGAGCGCCGACAGGGAACAGAGCCGUAAGGUGGGGUGUCCUCAACUUCAGAAACUGCACUCACAGCAGCCACACCACCCGCUGGACACCAUGCUGGCAGAGGAGUGACCGCAGCCCAAGGUGGCUUUGAUCGGCCGUGAAGCGCAGAGCCAGGAUGGGCACCAAGGAGAGGUGCUGAGGACAAACAGGUAACGGAUUAUAACCAUGAGUCAGAAGAGGCGACGAGGCAGCAUGGUGUUCAGGUGGCACAAGUCCCUGGCCAUCCUUGUCCCCUGGAAGAAAGGGAAAGGGGACAUGGUGCUGGACAGUGAAGUGGUCCUCACCAAGAUGAAGCUCUUUGACAACUUUCAUGGGAGACUCUGUGGUGCUGAGGAUUCUGUCUCAACCAUAUCUAUAUCAGUCUCAGAGCAGGAUCUGUCCGAACCUGGCCAAGUUUCAGAUGGGGAUCCAAACCUUUGCCCUUCUGAACAAGCACCAUCCGACCCAAAACCUGACUAUCUGUCUGUCUUCUCGGACCCUCAGCUGCCCAGGCUGUACAAGUUUGAGUCUGAGGACUCUGGAGUGGAGAUGCCCAGUGGAGCAGACUCCCCAUCCACCCCCACAGGCUCAGAGCAGAGCUUUGUCGUUCACAGCCGGGCACCAUCCCGUGAUUCCCAGGACCUGGGCACCGAUGUUGCAGCCCCAGGUCCUAUCCUUCAGACUGAAAAGUGUCCUGCAACUGAGGAGACGAAAACACCACUUCACCCAGUAACAAAAGAGGAGGGUAAUGACUUUGGCACCCUUGAGACCAAGACAAACUUGGAGGUUAUGCAGGUGCACAUUUCCCCGAUGGAGGAGAACAUGACGAUGAAAGGACCUCAGGAUGGGCUCUUGGAGGACACCUCUGAGGACUGUGAGAACUCUAUAGUGAUGAAAGUAGCCACAGAGGAGCUGGCUGAGCAGAGCACAACAAUAAGGAACUGUAACUCCACUGAGGCUCUCAACAUGACAGAGGCAGAUCUCCAGCCACAGCCCCUGAGGAAGAGUACAACAAGUGACAGUCUUGAUGAGUACAUGGAGGAAUGCUGCAGAUUGAGUGAGGUGCACAGAGCAAAGAUCAAUCCCCUGGGUCCCAGCCUGGGCUACCUGGAACACAUCUGCCAGCUCAUUGAGAAGAUUGGGCAACUGCAGGAACACAACCUAAGGCUCCAGAGGCAGCUCAGCAGCCUUCAGAAGGAAAACAGGACCAAGAACACCAAGGAGGAGUUCUUCCUCCAGCAGUGCUGCUGUGGUGCUGCCAGCCUGACUUUCCAGGAGACAAAACUGCACUCCAGGAGUGAUUUCAGCAGCUUGACAGCUUCCAACAGUGCCCUGUCCGACUUGUCCACAAUCCCAGAAGUCACACAGCAGACUGGAAAGGCAGCCGCAACAGAGGGCGAAAGUAGAUGGUACCCACUAGUAUCCUUGAGGAGGAAGGCACUGAACAGGAGGAGCUACACAGAAGGGGAGUCCAGGUACCUAUGUGAGAGCAGUGAAGGAUUCUCUGCUACCUACAGGCGGCUGAGUGAAAUUCAGCACCCAUGGGUCAGAAUGAAAGAGUUGGUGAAGAAGACUAGGUUGAGGAACCAGAGCUCCUGCUCACUGAAGAGCUCAUGCCCACAACUAUACCGGCCUGACCUGGGACCGGUGGAGCUUCCCAGGAGAGACAGGAAUUCAAUGAUUGCGCUGGGCCAUCAAACCAAAUUGGAUUUCCUCUGGCAGCAGUAGUGUCAAACAGUCAGAAGAUGUCCCGCGUCGUGACAGGGAAGGUCCUGGAGGAGGAGAUAAAGCCAGUGUGCACAGAAAGUGGACCUAAAUGUGAGGAAAGGGAAGAUGAGGAGAAAACAGCUAAAGUUGGUUAACGCAGAGCCAAACAUGACAAGGAAGAAAGUUGUUAAAGAAAGAACAUGUAAACUAAUGGAUUUAUUGUUUUGGGUCAACAUGGAGAUUUUGGUUUGUUCCAAAUUUCUGAACAAAAUACAUUUAUAGUUUUUGUACACAGUAGAAAUAAUUCAUCUGUUACACCGGUGUUUAAUAUAGACUGCAAGUAUUUCAGAAACACUCUGGAAUCCUGUACAGAGGCCUACAAUACUCCGUACCUUCAUAUGAAAUAUGAAAUGAAAUGUAUUUCUUUCAUUAAGACCACAUUUUGCUAUUUGCUGCACCAAAGAAAGAGCCAUAGACAAGUAACUUUUCUUCUUCUGAGCCAUUAACUUUACUUAUUUAAAAGUGUAUUACAGUACCUUAAAUAGACAAAGCCAUAUAACCAAGUGUAUAAGUGAAAUCACUCCUUCCAAGUCCGUCCAUCAUAUGGUCCAAAUAUCAGAAAUUUCUUUGGCUAACAGUUUCUGACUGGCAUCGCGAUACCCCCACCUGUUUUUGGUUAGACAUGUGUGCUUCUGAUGUAGUCCAGUCCUGCAGUUCUGACACAUUUGAUGUUUAUGUUGCCUCAUUUUUCAUAAAGACUAACUCUAAAGUAUAAUAAAAGGGUGCCUGUCGGACAUCUCAUCUCACCACCUCUGACAGAGCAUUAACAUAA